AUGGCAGAAGUAACCACACCAAAUUACACAAUCCGCUACGCAACGGAACAAGACAUCCCGGAAAUUCUACGAAUGAUCCAGGAACUCGCGUCGUACGAACGAGCACUUCACGAAGUCCUGGCCACGGAGGAAAAACUAUUCAAUACGCUUUCGUUUCCGACGUCGUCGGCCGAGAAAGUGCGGAAUAAGCCUGGGGCUGCGAAGACGUUGCUUAUCGUGCCGAGGACGGGUGACAGCAGUAACAAUAAUGGUGAUGACGCGUCACAGGGUGGGAAAGAGGCAGUAGCUGGGAUGGCGCUCUUCUUCAACAACUACUCGACUUGGCUGGCUAAGCCGGGGAUUUUCCUCGAGGAUCUGUUUGUGAGACCGCAGUAUCGGAAGAAAGGGUUUGGGAAGGCGCUGUUGCAAGCGUUGGCGAGGGAGUGUGUUGCGAAUGAUUAUGGACGGUUGGAAUGGAGUGUGUUGAAGUGGAAUAAGCCGAGUAUUGACUUUUAUGAGAGUGAGGUUAUUGGUGCUGUGUCGACGAGGGAGGAGUGGGAGGGAAUGAGGGUGACGGGGCAGGCUUUGGGCAAGUUGGCGGAGAGUGGGAAGGUUUGA